UGCGGAUUUGACCCCUAAUAACUCUUAUUGGGACUCUAAAACAAUGGGCUGACUCCUGUCCCUUUGCCAAGGAUUCCGGCCACUUCCCCCACGGUCCUCAACCUGGGAAAAGAUGGCCCCCCAGUCCCAGAAGGACUUAAUCCCAGCUCUGCUCUGGGGCCUGAGCCUCUUCCUCAGUCUCCCAGGUCCUGUCUGUCUCCAGCCCUCUCCUCUUCCCCAUUCUUCUCCCCCACCUGAACCCCAUCCUUGUCAUACCUGCCGGGCACUGGUCGACAGCUUCAACAAGGGCCUGGAGAGAACUAUCCGGGACAACUUUGGAGGUGGAAACACUGCCUGGGAAGAAGAAAAGUUGUCUAAAUACAAAGACAGUGAGACCCGCCUGGUAGAGGUGCUCGAGGGCGUGUGCAGCAAGUCAGACUUUGAGUGCCACCGCCUGCUGGAGCUGAGUGAAGAGCUGGUGGAGAGCUGGUGGUUUCACAAGCAGCAGGAAGCCCCGGAUCUCUUCCAGUGGCUCUGCUCAGAUUCCCUGAAGCUCUGCUGCCCCUCUGGCACCUUUGGGCCCUCCUGCCUUCCUUGUCCUGGGGGUACAGAGAGGCCCUGUGGCGGCUACGGGCAGUGCGAAGGGGAAGGGACACGAGGGGGCAGUGGGCACUGUGACUGCCAAGCCGGCUACGGGGGUGAGGCCUGUGGCCAGUGUGGCCUUGGCUACUUUGAGGCAGAGCGCAACACCAGCCAUCUGGUAUGUUCGGCUUGUUUUGGCCCCUGUGCCCGUUGCUCGGGACCUGAGGAAUCAAAUUGUUUGCAAUGCAAGAAGGGCUGGGCCUUGCAUCAUCUCAAGUGUGUAGACAUCGACGAGUGUGGCACUGAGCGAGCCAACUGCGGGGCUGACCAGUUCUGUGUGAACACAGAAGGCUCCUAUGAGUGCCGAGACUGCGCCAAGGCCUGCCUGGGCUGCAUGGGAGCAGGGCCAGGCCGCUGCAAGAAGUGUAGUCCUGGCUACCAGCAGGUGGGCUCCAAGUGUCUCGAUGUGGAUGAGUGUGAGACUGCAGUGUGUCCAGGAGAGAACGAGCAGUGUGAGAACACGGAAGGGGGUUACCGCUGCAUCUGUGCUGAGGGCUACAAACAGGUAGAGGGCAUCUGCGUCAAGGAGCAGAUCCCAGAGUCGGCGGGCUUCUUCUCAGAAAUGACAGAGGAUGAGCUGGUGGUGCUGCAGCAGAUGUUCUUUGGUGUCAUCAUCUGUGCAUUGGCCACACUUGCUGCUAAGGGUGACUUGGUGUUCACUGCCAUCUUCAUAGGGGCUGUGGCAGCCAUGACUGGAUACUGGUUGUCAGAGCGCAGUGACCGAGUGCUGGAGGGUUUCAUCAAGGGCAGAUAAUCCCUGUCACCACAUGUAGGAUCUCCUCCCACCCAGGCUGCCCCCACUGUUGGGCCUCUCUCCAGAUAGACACUCAGGGCAGCUUGGUUUAUUUUGGAAAGUGGGAUUAACACCCCCUUCCUGCCUUAUGGAGGAGCACAGGCUCUCAGGCCUGGGCAGGUGUGGCCCCUGUGGUGAAGAAGUAGCCCUGAUGCUGGAUCUCAUUAAAUCUUUGCCUGUAGGGGUGGGAGGGGGGACUGGGCAGCCUUCACAACAGUAUUGUGAAUUUGAAAGGUUUCCCCUCGUGGUGGUUGCUAGAGAACUUUGGUUCCUGCCUAGGAUGAGAGGGGUCCCCACAAGGGGCAGGGCUGCCACAGCCCUCUCCUGCCAGCUGCAUGCUGCCAGCUCCUUUUCUGUAUUCACCCCAUCUCCCUCAGCCAUCCAUUUAUUUAUCCAUCUCAGGAAAUAAAGAAAAGUAUUGGAAAAUGGA